AUGGCUCUGUUGCUACGUAGCGUGACAUCAGUAGCCGCCAAGCGGACGACUGUCUUUGCACUAGUAGACUUUGCUGUAUCUUGUGGGAGCGUGCGUGGCUUUGCAGUCAAGAAGGACAAGAAGAAGAAGGGUAAAAAGGGUGGUGAAGACGCCAACUUUGAGCAGAUGCUGCGUGCCAUUAAGGGCCAGUAUCCGGACGCCGAAGAGUGGACAGAGGAGGAAAAGCAGCGCCACCAAGAGAUUGGCCGUCGCUACAAUAUGAUGAGCACAAUCGAGCACAAUCACUUUAUGCGCGACGUGCAGAACAAGAUUGACCUCAAGUGGGAGGCCAUUAAUGCGCUACCUGCUGAGCUGCAGGCUGAAGCAUUGGAGAUUGACGAUGCUCCAGAACCGGAGGAGCGUGGCAUAGCCACUUGGACGCCGCCCAUUCCGGGCUUUCGACGAUACACGGACGAAGGAGAUCAGACAUUGGACUAA